CUCUUCCAGACCAGCAUUUCACGACACAAGAGUAAACAACGGGUUUGCGGCAGUAACUAUGGCCUCUGUCUUCAGCGGUGUACUGCAACUGACAGAUCUGGACGAUUUUAUCACCCCUUCCCAGGAAUGUGUCAAACCAAUAAAAGUCGAGAAGAAACAAGGCAAAUCUGUGGCCAGAAUACAGAUAGAGGAUGAUGGUAGUUAUGUCCAAGUCAACCAGGAUGGCGGGAAGGAGAAGCUGGAAAAAGCAAAGAUCUCACUGAACGACUGCUUGGCGUGCAGCGGUUGCAUCACCUCAGCUGAGAGUGUCCUCAUCACUCAGCAGAGCCCCGAGGAGCUUUUAAAAGUGCUUCGGAACAACAAGGGUGCAGCAGAGCAGAAGACUGUGGUGGUGUCCGUGUCCCCGCAGUCCAGAGCGUCCCUCGCUGCACACUUUGGUAUCAGCAGCAGUGAGGCAGGAAGGAGGCUCACCUCUUUCCUCAAAAACCUGGGGGUUCACUAUGUGUUUGACACCAGCUUUAGUCGGACCUUCAGUCUGCUGGAAAGUCAGAGAGAGUUUGUGGAACGUUUCCAGAGGAAGGGACAGGACAACAAGGCUCUGCCCAUGUUAACCUCCGCCUGUCCAGGUUGGAUCUGCUAUGCAGAGAAGACACACGGGGAGUAUAUUCUCCCAUAUAUCAGCACCACCCGCUCCCCCCAGCAGAUGAUGGGGUCUCUGGUUAAAAGCCACUUUGCAGAAAAGCAGGGGCUGAGUCCUCAGCAGAUUUACCAUGUGGCUGUGAUGCCCUGCUUCGACAAGAAACUCGAAGCGUCACGCUCAGAUUUUUUUAUGAACAAAGCGGAGACCAGAGAAGUGGAUUGUGUCAUAACGUCUGGAGAGGUUCAGAAAAUGCUGGAGGAACAUCAUAUUUCUCUGAAUGAUGUUGAGCCUGGAACUCUUGAUUCGAUGUUCAGCAGCGUCUGUGGGGAUGAGCUCCUGAGCCACGCUGGCAGUGGAUCCGGAGGUUACCUCCAUCACGUCUUCACCUAUGCUGCUAAGCAGCUCUUUGGAGAAGAAGUAAAGGAGCUCACCUACAAAACUCUAAGGAACAAAGACUUCCAGGAGGUGAGACUGGAGAAAGAUGGGGAAGUUCUGCUGUGCUUUGCUGCAACAUACGGAUUUCGCAACAUUCAGAACCUUGUGCAGAAACUGAAAAGGGGAAAAUCCCUGUACCAUUUUGUAGAAGUUAUGGCCUGUCCAUCAGGCUGCCUUAACGGAGGCGGACAGAUAAAGGCAGCCGCUGGUCAGAACCAGAAAGAGCUGCUUCAAAAAGUUGAGGAGCUGUACAAGGAAGAGCGCCCCCUACUGCCAGAGGAUGACACUCGCGUGGCAGAGAUUUACCAAACAUGGCUCCAUGGCGUGGGAGAAGACAGAGCCAGAGAGCUGCUGCGCACACAAUACCACGCUGUAGAGAAGAUGACCAACGGACUCACCAUUAAGUGGUGAUGAGUCAGCAGUAUACCGCUGAGAGUCCCAGCUGAUGAUCCCUGUGCCUCAAGAUGACCCAAAUGUCUUUUUUUGGUUGUUCAAAGUAUAAAAACAAUGCUUUAAAAAAGAUAAUUAUUACUCUUUUAUUUAAUAGUUAUAUGUACAUAUGCUUUUGCAGAAAUAAAAUGACCACAAAAGCUAGUUAU